AAACAUCAAAUGUACUUUUGUGACACAAACCCCUUCAGGUCUUUGCACUUUUAUUUUUUGUUUUCAUUGAAAACUUCAAAAAAAAUUGUUUUUCUUUAAAUCCUCUGGUAUUAUAGCCCGCUGUGCAGUGUGUGCAUCAAAGUGUCCCUGAAGAAGUUUCCUCGGAUCUCUCUCAGACACACAUCGGUGCGUUCCGCUCCGGUCUCCCCGCGUGCAUCUCCGCAUCCUCGCCCGCUGCCGCCACCGCCGCCGCUCCGCAGGCGAACGAGCCCACCGCGCGCGACAUUAUCUUCAUCCCGACUCCGCUGGAAAGGAGGCUGAAAUGACGGAUGCGACCAUGGAGGCCAAGCCCGGGGACGCGGCGUUCACCUCGGAAGAGGGACUUUAAGUUUACUGGGGAGGGGGGCAAAGAUUGUCUCCAUCUUUACUUUUUUUUACCGACCCCCUCCUCCUCCUCCUCCUCCUCCGCUGGCAGAAAUUUAUAAAGAACAAAAAAUCCAACGAGGGAGGGAGGGGAGGGGGGUUGAUAUACGCCGAGGCUGAAAUCGAGAGGCGAACCCAGGGAAAGAGUAGUUAUUUCUACACGGGACUUUCCCCCUCUUAGUACCCCAAGAGGAGGGGGAAAAGUGGCAGUAUUGGAAACGGAAAGGAAUGGUCAUCUAGGAGCGUAAAAACGUCUGCAACUGUGGAUACUUUAUAUAUUUUUAUUUCGACAAAAUAUGGCCGAGAACGUUCUGGACUCUGGCCCGCCUUCAGCCAAGAGGCCUAAACUCUCCUCUCCGGCACUUUCCGUCUCCGCCAGCGAUGGAAACGAUUUUGGUUCGUUGUUCGACUUGGAGCAUGACCUCCCUGAUGAGCUCAUCAGCUCUCAUGAACCAGGUCUGGUCAAUGGCGGGGACCUCAACCAGCUGCACACCAGCCUUGGAGGAGGAGCUCAAGGCUUGGGUCCUGCCGGGGGCAAUGGAGGGGCAGGCGGAAUCGGCGUCGGGCUCGGUCCUGUCGGGGCCGGCGGAGGCCAGGACGCCGUGGCCAAGCAUAAACAACUGUCUGAGCUCCUGCGAUCCGGAGCUCCCAGCUCAAAUCAACAAGGGCAUCAGGGAGCCAUGGGCAGCCCAGGAGGUCCCACUGCCAUGGGACAACACUUGGCCAACAUGAAGGCAUCUCCGGGUCAAGCGCCUCAGCAGAUGAUGAGCCAAGGGCAGCAGCACCUUUCCCCUCAGCAACAGGCGAACAUGAUGCAGCAGCAGCAGAACGCAGCUGCCGGAAUGAUGAGUAACAUGAACAGGGCUAUGAUGGGAGCACAGCAGAAAGCCAAUAAUGUGCAGCAGCAGCAAGGCAUGAUGGGGAACCAGGUGAUAAACGGCUCUCCCAGGAUGGGCUUUGGUAAUCAGGGGAUGCCCGGCAGCAGCAACCUGUUGGCUGAGACUCUUCAGCAACAAGGAGCCGGGGGCCAGGCUGCAAUGAGAGGCCAGCAACCUGCAGCAAUGAACAAGAUGGGGAUGAUGGGUAAUCCAGGUGGCCCUUUUGGGGGUCCGUAUGGGGGUCAGAGCAAUCAAGCUCUGGGAGCUGCGGGGCUGGGCCCUCAACUCCAGAACAAGGGUCCUAUGGCCAACAGCCUAGCUCAGUUUAAUGUGGACAAGAAGAGCCAGCCCAUGCAGGGAAUGGGAGCCAUGGGCAUCCAGGCUCCCCAGACUGGUGUGGUCCUUCCAGGAGGGCCUUCAGGGGCUGUAGGAGGAGCCCAAGGGAUGGGACCCGGCGCCCCGGCAGGUCUGGUGGGGCCCGGUGCUCAAGCCUCUGCUGCAUCCGCGGCAGCGGGAGCGCCACCAACAGCUGAUCCUGAAAAGCGCAAACUUAUCCAGCAGCAGCUGGUGCUCCUGCUGCACGCACACAAGUGCCAGCGGCGGGAGCAGGCCAACGGAGAGGUCCGGCAGUGCAACCUGCCCCACUGCCGCACCAUGAAGAAUGUCCUGAACCACAUGACACACUGCCAGGCCGGCAAGUCCUGUCAGGUGGCACACUGUGCUUCUUCAAGACAAAUCAUCUCCCAUUGGAAGAACUGCACCAGACACGACUGCCCCGUCUGCCUGCCGCUGAAGAACGCCGGGGACAAGAGGAACCCGCAGUCUCUUCUUGGGGCAGCCGGCGCAGGACUGGGAAGCUCUCUUGGUGCGGUGCCCGGCGCCCAGCCAAGCACUCCCAACCUCAACCCUACCAGCCAGAUAGACCCCAGCUCUAUAGAAAGAGCUUAUGCUGCACUGGGCCUCACCUAUCAAGGGAACCAGAUCCAGACUCAGAGUAGCCAGCCCAACCAGGGACCGGCCGGCAUGAGGCCUCUGAAUCCAAUAGGUGCAAAUCCUAUGGGGGUCAACGGAGGUGUGGGCACCCCCCCUCAGAGUCAGGCAGCUCUCCUGCAGGACACUAUAAUGCAUCUCAAUGUGAACAGCCAAAGUCUGAUGAAUGACGCCGGGGGGGUCGGUUCGAUGCCAACUGCAGCCCCUCCCUCUGCCACAGGCAUCAGGAAAGGCUGGCACGAGGACAUCACCCAGGACCUACGAAACCACUUAGUGCACAAGCUCGUUCAGGCCAUCUUCCCGACUCCAGAUCCCGCUGCACUCAAGGACCGUCGAAUGGAGAACUUGGUGGCCUACGCCCGAAAGGUUGAAGGAGACAUGUACGAGUCAGCCAACAGCAGAGCUGAAUACUAUCACCUACUGGCAGAGAAGAUCUACAAGAUUCAGAAAGAGUUGGAGGAGAAGAGAAGAACCCGAAUGCAAAAGCAGGUUCUGGGUAUUGGACCUGCUGGCAUGGGUCAACCUCCAGGUGGUCUUCCUCCAAAUGGUCCUCUGCCUGACCCAUCAAUGGUGAGACCGCCUGGUCCAGGUCAGAUGGUGAACCGACUGCAGGGCCCAGGUAUGAAUCAGUUCAACCAGAUGGGAAUGCAGCCCUUGAGCCAAAGGUCCACACCUCCUCUACCCAUGGGAGCACCUGGCAACCAGAUGGGAAUUGUUGGUCCACGAGUGGGUCAGCCCAACAUCAACCAAAUGCAGAACCAGUACCUGACCCAGGGGCAGUUUCCCGGCUCGGGUCCUGGUGUUGGAGCUGGGCAACCUGGCAUGGCUCCACCUGGAGGACCAGGAGGCAUGGCGCAGCCAUCCAUGGGAACUCCUCCUUCCCUGUCAGUCCCCAGUCCUCUACCACAGCCUGGUUCAGUCGGUGGUCCCGGUGGGGUUUCGGGGGUGGGACCUAUGGGUCCCCACAGUGUGGGCGGUGGAGGUCCCAACGCCUCUGCUUCAUCAGUGACUUCAUCUAACGCUAACCAGCAGCCCAACUCCAUCCCUCAUUUGGGGGCCAUGCGCGUCAGCUCCCCCUCUCCUGCACACAGCCGUUCCCCCACCCCCCACCAAACACCUCCAAGGCUGGCUGGAUCACAGACGCCCCAGCCACACACCCCUGGAGCGCCGCAGCUGGCGCCACCCUUAUCUCUACCACAGAAUCAACUUGGCCAGGGUCCCGGUUCCAACAAGCCCCUCCAGCAGCAGCAGCACAUGGGUCCGGCUGGUUCAACCACGCCCUCUCAUCCGGGAUUGGCCUCCAGCUCAACACCUCAUGGUGGACAGCUUCCACGCACUCCGUUGUCCCAGAAAGGCUCGUUUUCAGCAGAGAACCAGGCGCUGACUCCUGCGUCUGUCAGCAGUCUGGACACCUCAUCCCAGCAGCCACAGUCGGAUACCUCAACCACCAACCUGGAGCCCAAGAUGGAGGUCAAGCAUCAAGACGAAGAUGAGGAGAGCGACGUCGGCAGCUGCUCCAAAGGAGGAAAACUCAGUAACCACAAGACGGAGGAGAAACCAAUAAAGUCAGAGUUUAAGAAGGAGGAUUGUUCUGGGGAGGGAGGAAAAGGAGCACCGCCUGAUGCAUCCGCAACAUCAGCAGUAAAGAUGGAGGACAGGAAGCCGGCCGUUAAGGUGGAGGUGAAGGAGGAGGAGGAGUCAUCUGAUGGAGUUACUCCACAAACCCCAGCAAAAAAGAAGAUCUUCAAGCCAGAAGAGCUUCGUCAGUCACUGAUGCCCACGUUAGAGUCGCUGUACAGACAAGACCCGGAGUCUCUGCCCUUCAGGAUGCCGGUAGACCCUCAGCUGCUCUGCAUACCCGACUAUUUUGACAUUGUGAAGAACCCGAUGGACCUUUCAACCAUCAAGAGAAAACUUGACACGGGUCAGUACCAGGAUCCCUGGCAGUACGUCGAUGACAUCUGGCUGAUGUUCAACAACGCCUGGCUGUACAAUCGGAAAACGUCAAGAGUCUACAAGUACUGCUCCAAGCUGGCCGAGGUUUUCGAGCAGGAGAUUGACCCUGUGAUGCAGAGCCUCAGCUACUGCUGUGGGAGGAAGCUGGAGUUUUCUCCUCAGACGUUGUGCUGCUACGGAAAGCAGCUCUGCACUAUUCCCAGAGACGGCGUUUACUUCAGCUACCAGAACAGGUACCACUUCUGUGAGAAGUGUUUCAACGAGAUCCAAGGGGACAGCGUCUCUCUGGGCGAUGACCCCACGCAGCCACAAGCAUCGAUUAACAAGGACCAGUUUGAGAAGAAAAAGAACGACACUCUGGACCCUGAACUGUUCGUUGAAUGUCUGGACUGCGGCCGCAGGAUGCAUCAGAUCUGCGUUUUGCACAACGAAACCAUCUGGCCUUCAGGUUUUGUGUGCGACGCCUGUUUAAAGAAGUCAAACAAGUCAAGAAAGGAGAACAAGUAUUCAGCCAAACGCCUCCCGCAGACCAAGCUGGGCUGCUACCUGGAGACGAGGGUCAACGACUUCCUGAAGCGCCAGUCCCACCCGGAGUCCGGGGAGGUCUUCAUCCGGGUGGUGCACGUGUCGGACAAAGUGGUGGAGGUCAAACCAGGCAUGAAGUCGAGGUUCGUGGACAGUGGCGAGAUGUCUGAGUCGUUCCCGUACAGAACAAAAGCCCUUUUUGCGUUUGAGGACAUUGACGGAGCAGACGUUUGCUUCUUUGGGAUGCAUGUUCAGGAGUAUGGGUCUGACUGCCCCCAACCCAACCAGAGGCGAGUUUACAUUUCCUACCUGGACAGCGUUCACUUCUUCCGACCCCGCAGUCUCAGAACGGCCGUUUACCACGAAAUCCUCAUCGGCUACCUGGAGUAUGUGAAGAAGCUGGGUUACACCACUGGUCACAUCUGGGCCUGCCCGCCGAGCGAGGGGGACGACUACAUCUUCCACUGCCACCCGAUGGACCAGAAGAUCCCGAAACCCAAACGCCUUCAGGAGUGGUACAAGAAGAUGUUGGACAAAGCUGUGGCAGAGCGGAUCGUUCACGACUACAAGGACAUCUUCAAGCAGGCGACUGAGGAUCGUCUAACCAGUGCCAAGGAACUGCCUUAUUUUGAGGGUGACUUUUGGCCCAAUGUGCUGGAGGAGAGCAUUAAAGAGCUGGAGCAGGAGGAAGAGGAGAGGAAAAGGGAGGAGAACAGCACCUCCAAUGAGAGUAUUGACGACACAAAAGGCGACAGCAAAAACGCAAAGAAGAAAAACAACAAAAAGACCAGCAAGAACAAGAGCAGCCUGAGCCGAGCCAAUAAGAAGAAGCCAGGGAUGCCCAACGUGUCCAACGACCUGUCGCAGAAGCUCUACGCUACCAUGGAGAAGCACAAAGAGGUGUUUUUUGUGAUCCGGCUGAUCGCUGCGCCCAUGGCAAAUUCUUUGCCCCCCAUCUCGGACCCCGACCCCCUGAUGGCGUGCGACCUCAUGGACGGUCGGGACGCCUUCCUGACCCUUGCCCGGGACAAACACCUGGAGUUCAGCUCGCUGAGGCGGGCCAAGUGGAGCUCCAUGUGCAUGCUGGUGGAGCUGCACAACCAGAGCCAGGACCGCUUCGUCUACACCUGCAACGAGUGCAAGCACCACGUGGAGACCCGCUUCCACUGCACCGUCUGCGAGGAUUACGAUCUUUGCAUCACGUGUUACAACACCAAGGGCCACGAGCACAAGAUGGAGAAGCUCGGCCUCGGCCUGGACGACGAGAGCAGCAGCCAGGCGGCCGCCGCCACCCAGAGCCCCGAAUACUCGCGGCGCCUCAGCAUCCAGCGCUGCAUCCAGUCCCUCGUCCACGCCUGCCAGUGUCGGAACGCCAACUGCUCGCUGCCUUCCUGUCAGAAGAUGAAGCGCGUGGUUCAGCACACCAAAGGCUGCAAGAGGAAAACCAACGGGGGGUGUCCCAUUUGCAAGCAGCUCAUCGCCCUGUGCUGCUACCACGCCAAGCACUGUCAGGAGAACAAGUGCCCCGUCCCGUUUUGCCUGAACAUCAAGCACAAGCUGCGGCAGCAGCAGCUGCAGCACCGCCUGCAGCAGGCUCAGAUGCUGCGGAGGAGGAUGGCCAGCAUGCAGAGGGUGGGUCAGCCCCCACCUGGGGCUGUGCCUGGAGGGAACGGCUUACCCUCCCCCGGCGGAAGCAACGGCCCGCCCACCGGCCCCGCUACCCCCACGUCUGCCGGUACGCAGCCUCCAACCCCCCAGACGCCAGGCCAGAAUAACAUGCCCAUGAUGCCCCAGCAGCAGGGGGCGGGCAUGAGUGGGAUGGGAACUCCGGGCCAACAGCCGGCCCAGAUGGGGGCAAUUCCCCCCCAACACCACCUCAAUCAGUUUCCAUCGGGUGGGGGAGGGAUGAUGAACUGUCCUCAGCAGCAGAUGGUUCCCCAGCUGCAGCAGCACCCCCCCAACGUCCAGCAGCACUCCGGAGGUCUGCCCCCGUACAACCCCCGACCCUCUGGAGUCUCUCCCCUCCACCAGACGCUAGGAAAGCCCAAUCUUGGUGGCGCCACCCCUCCCCAGCAGUUACCCGGCCAGGGGCAGGGGUCCAUCCCCGUGCAAGGUCAGCAGCAGGGCCCGCCCCUCGCCGCUGUAGAAACGGCACUGAAGAUCCAGCGUCUGGCGGAGACGCAAAGGCAGCAGGCACAGAUCCGUGGCAUGGGAGCCGGGGGCAUCAUGUCCCCCCACCACCAGAACAACCAGGGUCAGAUGGGAAUGCCCCCCAUUGGCGCACAGGUCAUGCCCCCCCAGGGUCAGGGAGUUGUGGGAAGGAGUGUCAUGGAUGCGCAGCAGCAGGGAAUGAUGCCAGGAAUGCAGCAGGGUGGCCCCCAGUCGCAGUUACCCCCUCAGGUUCAGCAGCUUCAGCAGGUCGGUUGUGGACAAGCAGGUAACCAGCAGUGGGGCCCCAUGGGGUCAAACAUGACCCCCCAGCCAAGGCCAGGGCUCAUGGGUCACAUGCAGCAGCAGCCAGCGGGGCCACAGCAGCAGCCGAUAAAUCAACAGCAGCCCCCGUCAGGAAACCGCGGGAUGAUGCAGAUCAUGGGUGUGGGGGGCGACCCUGCAUCUGGGAACUUACCACAGGCGGCCCUGCAGGAGCUCCUGCGGACCCUGCGCUCCCCCAGCUCCCCCAUGCAGCAGCAGCAGGUCCUGAACAUCCUCCGCUCCAACCCCACCCUCAUGGCUGCAUUUAUCCGGCAGAGAGCCGCCAGGUACCAGGGGGGUCAAGGUGGCCCCGGGGGGCCUCAGCAGGGAGCUCCUGGGGGUGUGAGGUUCCCGGGAGCUGCUGGGGGUUUGCCUGGAAGCCCGGGAGCCAACCAGCUCAGUACUCUGGACGGACAGCAGCAGGUGAACCAGACGGGUCAGCCUGGGAUGAUGGCUCAGGGCGGGGUCUCGGAGGGAAACAUGCCCACCAUGGCACAGCUGCAGCAGCUCCAACAGCUGCAGCAGCUGCAGCAGCAGCAGCUCCAGCAACAGCUGCAGCAACAACAACAGCAGCAACAGCAGCAGCAGCAACAACAACAACAACAACAUCAGCAGCAGCAGCAACAACAGCAGCAGCAGCAGCAACAACAGCAACAGCAGCAGCAGCAGCAACAACAACAACAGCAGCGUCCAAUGAUGCCAGGGAAUCUGCAGCAGCAAAUGGCUGCACAGCUUCAGCAGCAGGGGGGGAUGCAAGGAAACAUGGCAAACAUGAACCCGCAGUUCAGAGAGAUGCUGAUGCGGAGGCAGCUGCAGCAGAUGGGCAACCACGCCCAGUUUCAGCAGCAGCAGCAAGGCCAGCAAAGCUUCAUGCAGGGACAGCCGGGCAUCCCACCCUCCUCGCAGCCGCAGUCAGCAGCUGGAGCUGUAGGCAUGCAGCAGCAGUUGCAGCAAGGAGUGGCACAGGGGGGGGCAGGGCCUCUUAGCCAGCAGCAGGGGUAUUCCCACGUUGCUGCUGCCAUUCAGCAGAGGAUCCAGCACCAGAUGCAGCUGCAGCAGCAGCAGCAGCAAAGCCAAAUGGGCGGGCACCAGGGGCAAGAGGGCGGGCCAAAUGGGGGCGCUGGAGGCCAAUCCCUCCAGCCUGGACAAGGCCCACCAGGGCAACAGCAGGGCGGGGCCCCACAACUGCCACAAUCGUCCCAGGGCAUGCUUCCCCAGAACAUUCACCAGAGGCUCAUUCAGCAGCCCCACCUGGGAGGGGGCUCUCCCGCCCAACACAGCAGUCCCAUGAGCCCCCAACAGCAGCUGGCCCACUCCCCCCACCCCCACCUCCAAGGCCAGGGGGGUCUUGGCCCCGCAGGAUCGCUCAGCAGCCAGGUCAGGUCCCCUCAGCCCUCCCCCCGGCCACAGUCGCAGCCCCCGCACUCCAGCCCGUCCCCACGCAUGCAGCCCUCCCAGACGCACCCCUCUCCCCACCGCAUCUCCCCACAGACGCAAACUGGGUCGCCCCACCCGGGUCAUAUGAACCAACACCACCCCAGCAUGGCCCCGCCCCCUCCACAGUCCCAGCAGCAGGCGGCGGGGGGCGGAUCGGCGGAGAACAGCCAGUUCGGCUCCGAGCAGAACAUGAUGUCCCAGCUGAGCGGGAUGGCGGGGAUGCAGGGGGGGCCGUCGGACUUGCUGGGAGUAAACAACAGUACAAACAACAACAACCAGGAAAUGGGGCCGAACAUGAACCACAACCUUAUGUAGCCUUGACUGCGUCCGGCCUCGGCGCUCGGACGUCGCAUCAAACCGCAAUAAAUGGACACGACUCGGUCUUUGGGGUUUUAGAAGAUUUUUUUAUUUAAAUAUUUUUGUGACGCAUAAAACGAACUUCCUUCCUGUGGGAGAUGCCACAUUAAUCCUAGAAAGUCCGUAAAUGAGUAAAUUAAAACAAUGGUAAGUUAUUGCUGUUAAUAUAUAUAUCUUUAUAUUUUUGCCAAUUGUGUACAAAGAAACCAGAAGGGGGCGGAGUUUCAGGCAACAAUAUUUUUGGGGAGUGAGAAUUUUUGUCUUUCUAUGAAGAUUUUUAGGGUUUCACAGAAGUUAAGAAGUUAAGUUUUUUUUAACACCCCCCCCCCCCCCCCCCCCCCCCCCCGUCAUGAUUGUAUGUAUUUUGCAGAGUUUGUUUAUUUCUGUAUUUUGUCCUCCAUGAAUCGUAAAACUAGCAUCUUCUGUCGCAGGCCUCUUUGUACAGUUUCCAGACAUUUUGACGGCGCCUGCAGCAGAUUUCCAGAUAGAAGAAUAUAUUUAUUGUUUUGAUGCGGUGUGUGUGUGUGGGGGGGUUGUGUUUUGCUCCCCAGGCGUUUGGAGGCGGGGUUUAUGGGUUUGAAUCAAACCUGGACGGUGCUUUGAGUGGCGGGAAUGCAUUUUCUUUUUUUGUCCUGCUGCCCACAAGCACGCGUUCUGAGCCCCGCCCUCCCGCCGCGCCUCCACCCGCUGCCACAGGCGGCUGGUUUUUGUACAUACGCUCUUCCUGAGCUGUGACGUGGAGACGACGGAGUCCCUGAACGCCUCGCAGACGUCGCUGUUCGUACUGUACAGAUUGAGACUCCACCUUUUGUGAAGCGGACGCCGUGUACAGACUUUCUGCUCCUCCUGUCAAUCUUUGCUGGGUGUGUUGAACAGAAGUGCUCCUGAUCUACUGUACAGUAUUUUUUUUUGUAACUUGUACAGUUUUGGGGUGUGGAAGCUCACAAGCACCAAUGCGCCUUUUUUUCUGUGUAUUUUUCACGAGCUUUUACAGAGGGCGGGUGACGCGUUCCCACCCGGACCGCCGAGGCUGGAAACAUCCCAAUCCUUUAGCUUUUUCUUUUUCUUUUUUAAAGACGAUAUUCACGCGCUCGCCGGGUGGGAGGAGGGAACACAUCAGAACCAGGCUGCAAUAUAUCUUGAGACUUAUUUUAUAUGAAAUUACAAACAAACAAGAAAAAGUCACGAGGAUAAACUGUCUUUUAUAUAUAUAGAUAUAUUAUUUAAUUUUAUUUUUUUGGAAAUAAAACUUGAAGCUAAAGGAAUUAUUAGAUAAAAGGUUUUGUUUUUUAUUGAAGAGGUUAUGGCGUUGCAGACGGCGGUCGGUUUGGCCCGGGGAGGCGGUGGAACCCUCAACCCCAUCCUUUUGAUGAGAUGUUUUAUGUACAUGAAUAUAGUAAACAUCACUGUACAAACCGAUUUGAUAAAUUGUUUUAUGAAUAUAGUAAACAUCACUGUACAAACUGAUGGCAACUGAACAAAGUUUUUUUUUUCCUAAUAAGACUGGAAAUGAUAUUUAAAUAUUUGUUUAGUAUUCAAAUGAAAACCCUGACCACUUUUUAUUUUUAUUUUUCCUCGUUAACAAUUUUCGGUGCUUAUUGAGAGAAAGCAGAUCUAACUGUUGCUCUUUUAUUCUUUAGGUUUUUUUUAAAGUUCUUUUGGUGGUCUGAGUUUCUUUGUCUUUCUUUUAUUUUAUUUUUUUUGCCAUAAAUUAAUUGUACUAUAAUAAAGUAUGUUUGUACCAUUGGAA